UUCUCAUACUCCCUAAUACACCUCUUCCUCUGCUUCCCCCACAAACGACAGCAAAACAAAAGUUUUUUUUUAUUUUACAAAUACACAGAAUGCCACGGUAUAUCAAUCUAAGUCUAACGUGUCCGUGUUGUUGGUGUCGGUCGACACUCAGUACAUAUCAUAAACUGUAACAGAUCAGUUUUCCAAAAUUUCAAAAUGAAGUUCAUUUACGUUGCUAUUAUUGUGAGCGCAUUAGCGCUGAGUUUGUGCUCCUGUUCAAAUUCAACUGUAAAUGACUCGCCUUUCUACAAAAGUUUAGUUACGAAGGAAACAUUUCGCGAUCGAAUGUACUUUUCCACUUACUUCGAGCAUCUGCUGAAAGAACAAUUCUUCCAAACACAAUCCGUAAUUGUGAAUGCAUGGAAGGAAUGCAGUGAACAUUUCUAUAUAACGGAUGCUGACGAUGCGAUAGACAUUUUUAAAAAUCCACCAUUGGCAAAGAAUGUCAAAAGCCAUAAGAAAUGUCUGUAUAACUGUAUAAUGAACCGAACUGGCGUGAUGACUGAUGAUGGCUUCCAAGAGGGUCUAUACAUGAAGACCAUCAGGCAACUUCGACUCAACUACACAUCGUUCAACAUAGACGAAAAACGCGGUGAAACGAAAUUGAAAAUAUUGAAGACGGUUAAGCGUCUAGCGAAGGGGCUGAACCGUUUCACAAUGUGUUCUACUCGUAAUUCGAAGUCAAAUCGGGAUGAUUCCGAGUACCUUUUAGAAUCGUAUGCACGGGCGGCACAUAAAUGCAAACAAGUGGAGUAUCCGGAGGUGCUUGAUAGGUGCGAGGACUCUUGGAACCUUAUGAAUUGCAUAAUCGCGCAAAAUCAACAGAGGAAUUUUGACAGUCCAUUUUAUCCGCUUUGGGUGAAAGAUUUGAAGUAACCAACUCGAAACGUUUGUCCAUAUUUAUCGACGCUGUUACGUCAAAAUUGAAUUGACAUAAAAUACUUGGUUUGUAACAUCGUAUUCUGAAUAAAAAUGUUUUUAUUUUGCUGUUUGUUUAA